CAAACCCCCACCUCCGGAGUAACGGACUUCAUUCCAGCCGCAUCUCGGAGACUGCCGCCAGGCCUGCCUGGUCGGCUACUCUGAAAAAGCGCCGGAGACCCGCCGCCACCGCCUUCCGCCUCGCCGCCCUCGUUUCUGAGCCGCCUUCGCCUUCACCUUGGUGCCAGCGCCGCCAGCCAUGGCCACCGCGCCGUCCUCUCAAGUGCGCCAGAACUACCACCCCGAAUGCGAGGCCGCCAUCAACAGCCAGAUCAACCUGGAGCUCUACGCCUCCUACGUGUACCUGUCGAUGGCCUUCUAUUUCGACCGCGCCGACGUGGCCCUGGAGAAUUUCUCCAAGUUCUUCCUGCGCCAGUCCCACGAGGAGAGCCAGCAUGCCGAGAAGCUGAUGCAGCUGCAGAACCAGCGUGGGGGCCGCAUCCGCCUCCACGACAUCGUGAGGCCUGACCGCGACAACUGGGAGAGCGGCCUCAACGCCAUGGAGUGCGCCUUUCACCUGGAGAAGAGCCUGAACCAGAGCCUGCUCGACCUGCACCAGCUGGCCACCGACAAGAACGACGCCCAUCUGUGCAGCUUCCUGGAGACCAACUACCUGCACGAGCAAGUCAAGGUCAUCAAAGAGCUGGGGGGCUACAUCACCAGCCUGCGCAAGAUGGGGGCCCCGGAAACCGGCAUGGCAGAGUACCUCUUUGACAAGCUCACCCUGGGCAACAGCGACAAGCACUGAGUUGGGACUGCCUUCCCAUAGCCACAGGGUGCAUGGUGACUUCCCCUGGUCACCAUGCCGGGCAUGCAUUUUGCAGUAUUGCGCUUGCAAAUCCAGUUUCUUCUUCCAGUUUUGCCAUAAAUAAAUAAAGUUAUUUGGUUUCAAUACAGUUAUUUGGUUCCUAAAGAAAUAAAGGUCCUCUG